AUGAAAUCAGCUAUCUUUGGAUUACUUUUGGCAUUUGCUGUCGCCGAUGCGAGACGUUUGGUGAAUCCUUGCACGCAAGCUGGAGUUUUCGCGGCUACUGAUAAUGAGAAAAGCUUUUAUGAUUGCCACCUCAACGAAGACGGUAGUUUUAGCAUUAAAUAUUUGACUUGUGCCACUGGACAUGUUUUUGAUAGCAGUGUCGGGUAUUGUAUGCCAGAAACCACUUUCCAAAUUGAAGUACGAGCAGAUUUGAGAGCCGGUGAUGAUGUUGAAAACGUUACAAUUUCCUCAACAACAACGACAACAGGUGAUAUCGCAAAACCUACCGUUCCCACUAGUAGCGCUGGUAGUAGCUCGGCAACAGAUGAGAGUACCACAGCAGAUGCUACAACUACUGAAAAAAUAGAUCCAAAUGAAGAAACUGAAACCACUGAAAAAACAUCAUCAACUGAAGACCCUGAAACUACUGAGGAAACAACUGAAGCUACAACCACUGAAGAAACAGCGUCAACUGAAGAUCCUGAAACUACUGAAAAAACAACUGCAGCUACAACCACUGAAGGAACAUCAUCAACCGAAAAUUCUGAAACUACUGAGACUACUGAGAAAACAACUGAAGCUACAACCACUGAAGGAACAUCAUCAACCGAAAAUUCUGAAACUACUGAGACUACUGAGAAAACAACUGAAGCUACAACCACUGAAGGAACAUCAUCAACCGAAAAUUCUGAAACUACUGAGACUAUUGAGAAAACAACUGAAGCUACAACCACUGAAGGAACAUCAUCAACCGAAAAUUCUGAAACUACUGAGACUACUGAGAAAACAACUGUAGCUACAACCACUGAAGGAACAUCAUCAACCGAAAAUUCUGAAACUACUGAGACUACUGAGAAAACAACUGAAGCUACAACCACUGAAGAAGCAUCUUCAACCGAAGAUUCUGAAACUACCGAGAAACCAACUGAGCCUACAACCACUGAAAAAACAUCAUCAACUGAAGAUCCUGAAACUACCGAGACUACUGAGAAAACAACUGAAGCUACAACCACUGAAGAAACAUCUUCAACCGAAGGUUCUGAAACUACUGAGAAACCAACUGAGCCUACAACCACUGAAAAAACAUCAUCAACUGAAGAUCCUGAAACUACUGAGACUACUGAGAAAACAACUGAAGCUACAACCACUGAAAAAACAUCUUCAACCGAAGAUCCUGAAACAACUGAGAAAACAUCAUCAACUGACACCACAGAUUCCACUGAACCAGAAACUACUACCUUACCGCCAUUUGAUUGCCCUGAUGUGGGUUUCUUCCCCCAGUCUGGUUCUUGCGACAAGUUCGCUUAUUGUGCCGACAUUGAUGGUGAAGUAAAAUACUAUUUGCUAAGCUGCCCCACGGGUCAACAAUUUGACUAUAACAACUCAUAUUGUGAUGCCAGUUUUGAUUGCUCUGCGUAG